AUGGCAGAUUUGCUUGACGGCAUGAACUCGGAUCGACAGGGAGAUGAUUUCGAGGAAGAAGACCUCUACGAAAUGGACCAGAGUGAGGCUGAUGAGCGAGCAGGGGGCCGAGGUGGAGGUUCGGAAUCUAGGCAUCAUGGCUAUCAUCGAGCUUUAAGCUGUGACAAUGCUGAACGGAUGUCGUUAUCUCAGCAUGAAAGGAACCUUGCAAUCACAAUCAAAGAAGCCAUUGCUGCCGCACCAGACAUUGAUCUUGUCAGCGACUUUAUGUGCGCUCAGUUGGCACUGAUUGAUGGAGACAACAUAGAAGCUGCCCUUGAAAGAGUGUACCACCUGCAAUGUUUCAGGGAAGAGUAUGGAAUUCAUGAUACAGCAACAGAUGGAAGGAAGUGCUUUGCUGACUAUAUUGAGCUCUUUCCGACCUUCCACUUAUGCUUCACUUUUGAUUCUGGGAACUACAUCAUGAUGUUCGACAACACAAAGUUUGAUGCCAACAAGGUCAAAACAGAAGAAAACAUCCGUACAUGGCUUGGUGGUACAUACUAUACAUGCGCCAUUUUCUGCCCAGAUUUUGAAGCAAUCCGCUCUGGGGCCGUGGUGGUUUUGGAAAAUGAGGGGUAUGCAUGGAAGAGGGACAUGCGAUUGCUUGAAGGUAUAAAGAGGGUUUGGUCUGAGGUGGCAAGUGUCUAUCCCAUGUCUUUCCAAAAAAUGAAAUACUUCAAUUCAGGAACUGCAAUGAAUGUGCUUGUCUCCAUGCUAAAACCAUUCCUCCCCAAGCACCUCCAGAAAAAUGUAGAAGUUGGUUGCCAAUUUGAACAGAGACUGGAUUCACUCUAUCUAGUACCAACAGUGGAGGAAGCCAAUGAACGAUUGCUUGCCCGAGUCGAGGAAACUCUCCAGAAGAGGUAUUACAAUGAAAGAGCUUUCGAGCUUUGA